AUGGGGCUAGAAGAAUCUCAAAGUAAAGAAGGAGGUGAGCAUUCCCAGCAGGUCCCUUGGAUUAUUGCUAUUGUUCUCAUCUCACUUCUCAGUGCCUGUUUUAUUGCAAAUUGUUUGGUGACUCAUUACAACUUUCUACGCUGUAAGAGAAGCACGGGAACGCACAAGUUACCAGAGUACUAUACGAAGCUAACGUGCAUCAGAGAGACGUCAGAACUCAAAGGGAGCACCUGGAAUUGCUGUCCUGUUCUCUGGAGAGCCUUCCAGUCCAACUGCUUUCUUCCUCUUAAUGACAACAAGACGUGGGCUGAGAGUGAAAGAAACUGUUCAGGGAUGGCGGCUCAUCUGGCAACCAUCAGCACAGAAGCUGAGCAGAACUUUAUAAUUCGAUUUUUGGAUAGACAGUUUUUGUAUUUCCUAGGACUUACAGAUGAGAACACCGAAGGUCACUGGCGCUGGGUGGACAAGACGCCAUUUAACACGCACAUGGCGUUCUGGCAUGAGGGUGAACCCAACAACCUUAAGGAAGAAAACUGUGUUGUUCUUGUUUAUAAAAAAGAUAAAUGGUCCUGGAGUGAUAUUCCUUGUAACCUUGAGAGAUACAGAAUUUGUAAGAUACCUGCAAUAGCAUUGAACUAGAAACUUAUGAAGUGGUCCUUAUAAUGGAGACAGAAAAGAAGAACCAAUUAGAAUGUUAGCAUCAAUGGGGAAGCUAUUCCA